AUGGAAAACGGAGCUCCAGGAGUGAAGGUGGGUCGGGUCAUGACUCAGGUUUUUGUUCUGGUUUUUCUUCUUCAAAGUGUUCAUUCCCGAACGUCACGAAACAAUUUGAACAUCGCAAAACCGGGACAAAAAUUCGCAUCUCCCCCGGUUACACUUAAAAAAGUUGGUCAUGACAAAGUGGUCGUUGAUAACGGUAUCAUCCAAGUUACCUUUUCGAGUCCACAAGGCUUAAUAACAGGAAUCAAAUACAAUGAAUUUGAUAAUGUGUUGAACGACAAGAUUAAAAAUCGCGGGUAUUGGGACGUAGUAUGGUAUGAAUCAGGAGAAACACCAGUAACCGAUUUUUUAGUAGGAAAAGAAUUCGACGUUGUAAAUCAAACAAGUGAGCAUGUCGAAAUUUCAUUUUCGAGAAAAUGGGAUAUAUCUCAACGCGGUUCGAUAGCCCCAUUAAACGUAGACAAAAGGUAUAUUAUUCGAAGAGGUGUGUCUGGAGUAUACAUGUACGCUGUGUUAGAGAGGUUAAAAGGUUGGCCAGACGUGGACAUGGAUCAAACCAGGAUCGUUUUCAAGCUUAACACAACAAAAUUUGAUUUCAUGGCUAUAUCGGAUUCUCGGCAGAAAAUUAUGCCUUCUGCAACAGAUCGAGAUAUCACCAAUGGUCGUGCUAGUCCAUUAGCUUACAAAGAAGCUGUUCGUUUGAUAAAUCCAGAAAAUCACAUACUUAAAGGGCAGGUUGACGAUAAGUAUAUGUACUCAAUGGAAGACAAAGACAACAAAGUGCAUGGUUGGAUUUCGUCGGACCAAUCUGUUGGUUUCUGGAUGAUUACUCCCAGCGAUGAGUUCCGUGCUUGUGGGCCCGUCAAGCAGGAUCUCAGUUCUCAUGUCGGACCUACCACCCUUUCAAUGUUUACAAGUUUACAUUACGCGGGAAAAGAGAUGAACACAACUUAUAUAAGCAAGGAGCCGUGGAAGAAGGUGUUUGGCCCUGUCUUUGUUUAUCUCAAUUCUGCCUCAUCUCGUAAUCUUCUUUGGACCGAUGCUAAACGACAGAUGGUUGUUGAGGUCCAAAGUUGGCCAUAUGAUUUCGUGAAGUCAGCUGAUUACCCUCUUCAUCACCAAAGAGGAACUGUCAAAGGUCAAUUCUUUGUCUUAGACAGAUACAACAGCAAGUCGAGAUUAUUCGGAAAAUUUGCUUUCGUGGGUUUAGCAAAACCCGGUGAAGCUGGUUCAUGGCAAACCGAAAACAAGGGAUAUCAAUUUUGGACAAAAGCCGACAAGAUGGGAAUGUUCACCAUAGCGAACGUGAGACCAGGGACUUAUAGUCUCUACGCAUGGGUUUCUGGAUUUAUCGGUGACUAUAUAUACGAGCGUGACAUUACAAUCACACCAGGUAGGGAGAUAAACGUAGGUUCCAUAACGUACGAGCCGCCAAGAAGUGGUUCGACGCUGUGGGAAAUUGGAGAACCAGACCGGACUGCCGCAGAAUUUUUUAUCCCAGAUCAGGACCCAACACUUUUGACCAAACUCUCCCUAAAUGACUCUAAUCUUCCUCAAGACCGAUUUAGACAAUACGGUUUAUGGGAUCGUUACAGUGUUUUGUAUCCUCGAAAAGAUCUUGUUUAUAUUGUUGGAGUGAGUGACUAUAAAAAAGAAUGGUUCUAUGCACAUUUGACCAGGAAUGCUGGAAAAGGGAUAUAUCAAGCAACGACAUGGCAGAUUGUGUUUAAUCUAAAAACAGUGACUCAAACUGGAAACUACACGCUUCGAAUAGCUUUGGCCGCAGCUACAACUGCAAAUUUAUUUGUUCGGAUCAACGAAGCUAAUUCCAAACCUAUUUUCAUGACUGGGUUAAUAGGUCAGGAUAACGCCAUUGCGAGGCAUGGAAUUCAUGGUGUUAUGUAUGAUUAUCUUCGUUUGGAAAGUCCUCCGAGAGUUUGA